AUGGAAAUUUCUUGCUGUCUGCAUUUGCUACCGUUUAUUGCAAUUUUGCUACGAAUGAUUACCGGUAUCAAGUAUUUUAAUGUUAAUAUGACUGCCAUAGGUCAAACAGUGAGAACAGUAUUAAUAGAUUUAAGCGGAACUCUUCACAUUGAAAAUUCAGUUAUUACUGGUUCAAUUGAAGCUCUUAAAAAGUUAAGAGAUAGCAAUGUAAAAGUAAAAUUUGUCACCAACACUACCAAAGAAUCGAGAAAGUUUCUUUAUGAAAGAUUAAAAAAUCUUGGCUUUGAAUUAGAACCGGAAGAAAUUUUUACUUCACUUCAUGCUGCAAGAGAUUUGCUUACGAAAGAAAAAUUAAAACCAAUGCUUAUGAUUGAUAAAGGUGCCUGGGAUGAUUUUUCUGAAUUUUCAAAUAUAAAUGAAAAUGAGUAUGAUGCAGUAGUGAUUGGUCUCGCUCCAUCUGAAUUUCAUUAUAGUCAAUUGAAUAAAGCUUUCAGAUUAAUAAUGGAUGGCGCAAAAUUAAUAGCUAUUCACGAAGCUAGGUACUUCAAAGAGCCAGAUGGUUUGUCAUUAGGACCAGGUACAUUUGUUAAAGGGCUUGAAUAUGCAACUGAGUGUAAAGCCCUUGUCGUAGGGAAACCUACCAAAUCUUUUUUUCAAGCUGCUUUAGGAAAUGAUGAUCCUAACUAUGCUGCAAUGAUAGGAGAUGAUGUUAGAGAUGAUGUUAAUGGAGCACAACAAUUGGGCAUGAAAGGAUUUUUAGUAAAAACUGGAAAAUAUCGUAAUGGUGACGAAUAUAAAAUAUCCCCUCCUCCUUUUGAAAUAUGUGAAAAUUUUAGUGCAGCUGUACAAAAAAUUAUAUCUAUGAAUCAAAAUUAA